GUCUCGACUAAUCUAGACGAAUGACCAUCAGAUCCCGGUGCGUUGUUAUCUGCCAAUCACCAUCACCAUCACCAUCAUCAUGACCGUCAUCCCUGCCGCCGACGACAAUUCCAGCAAGCCCUACGAUGCCGUAAUCCAGGCCAUCGUUGACUAUGUCUACGACUACGAGAUCACCACCGACAAUGCCUGGGCCCGUGCCAAGGUCGCCCUGAUGGACGCGCUGGGUGCCGCCCUCGAGAGCAUUCACACCAGCCCGCAAUGCGCCCAGAUGGUUGGCCCAGCCUUCCCCCUCGCCCCGGCCACCUCAGGGCUGUUCCGACUGCCCGGAACGGCCUAUCAGCUCGACAUCCUCAAGGGCGCCUUUGAUCUGGGCGCCAUGAUCCGCUACCUCGACCACAACGAUGCCUUUCCCGGUGCGGAAUGGGGCCAUCCCUCCGACAACCUGGGAGCUAUCCUCGCCGUCGCCGAUGUGCGCAGCCGGGUAGCUCUCGCCGAGGGCGAUCCCAGCAGCGUGGUGACCAUGAAGGAGGUGCUGGAGGCGCUGAUCAAGGCGUACGAAAUCCAGGGCUGCUUCCAGAUCAAGAACGCUUUCAACAAAGUCGGUCUCGACCACACCAUCCUAGUCAAGAUCGGCGCCACCGCUGUCUCGUCCAAACUGCUCGCCCUCACCCGGGAGCAGGCCCUCAGCGCCGUCUCCCACGCCUGGAUGGACGGCCACCCGCUGCGUGUGUACCGUCAAGCCCCCAACACCGGCCCGCGCAAGGGCUGGGCGGCAGGCGAUGCCUGCAUGCGCGCCGUGCACCUGGCCCUACUGGCCAAGGCCGGUCAACCCGGUGCCAGCACGGUACUGACCACCCCGCGGUGGGGCUUCUACGACGUUCUCUUCCAGGGCAAGGAGUUCGACCUGCCCCAGCCCUUCGGCACCUGGGUGAUCGAGACGGUGCUGUUUAAAGUGAACACCGCCGAAGGACACGGCAUGACGGCCGUCGAGGCCGCAUUGGAGAUCGCCGACACGCUACGGGCAAAGGGCCUCGACCCGGUGAAGGACAUUCAAUCAAUCCACGCGAAGACGCAAGAUGCGGGCAUGACAAUCAUCAACAAGGCGGGAGCGCUACACAAUGCGGCCGACCGGGACCACUGUCUUCGGUACAUGGUGGCGGUGGUGCUGCUGAAGGGGGCGCAGGUCGAGACGGCCGAUUACCAGGACGACAGUCCGUGGGCGACGGACCCGCGCGUGGAGGCGCUGCGUCAGAAGAUCACCAUGGCGGAGGAUCCCCAGUACACGGCGGAUUAUCACGACAUGGCGGUGCGCAGUGUGGCCAACUCGCUGACGGUCACGUUGGCGGAUGGCACGACGAUGCCGGAAGUGUUGGUUCAGUAUCCUCUCGGGCAUGUUCGGCGCAAGGAGACGCCGAGCGAAGUGUUUGCGAAGGCUGAGCGGAAUUUGGGCCUGCGGUUGUCGGAGGAACGCGUCAAGGACAUCUUGGCGACGGUGGCAUCGGACGAGUUCCUGUCGCUGCCGGCGUGCCAUUUUGUGAACAAGUUCAGUUUGUAAGAUUGCGUAAGGGAAUUGGGAGGACGGGAUGGUAUCGGGGUAUUCUUUUUUUUUUUUUUUUUUUCUUAUGAGAUCAUAUGUUCAUUGUGUUAAAGGUCUAUCAUAACUAUCUAUCUAUCUAUCACGAUACAACAACUGAAAUGGAAUCCAAGCAG